CCAAUUUAAAAAUAGCAUUAUAAAUUACGAGUCAUACAGUGCAUUAUGAAUUUUCAAGACGAAUUACAUAUAUAAAUUAUUCAUAGAAACAUACAAGAAGAUAUGGGUGCAUGUUGUUGGUUUUGUAUUAUUUUCUUUUUCAUGUUGUUAGUUUAGAAGAAGCACAGCCGCAGAAUAAAAAAAAAUCCUCCAAAUAUUAAUCAAUCAACAACCAAAAACUACCUUUGCAACCACAAAUGGCCGUCUCACACUUCCCCGCCACCGUUCCACGGUCUACCACACGGCGGUGCGCCGCCAACUUUCAUUCGCUUCCGACCACCACCGCCUCCUUUUUCCCCGCAGCACGGAAGCAGAAAAGCAAUAGCUUUGUGCCGCUGAGAACCACUGAGCAAGUGAAGUCUUUGAAGUGGGUGAGAAGCGUCGCCCAAGAACAACUCCCGCCAAAACCCGAGACCUUGGACGUGCAGCGGUUGGUUGAUUUCCUGUACGAGGACCUUCCCCACCUGUUCGAUGAUCAAGGAAUCGAUCCGACGGCGUACGACGAGCGCGUCAAGUUCAGAGACCCCAUAACCAAGCACGACACCAUCAGUGGUUAUCUUUUCAACAUCGCCAUGUUAAGGAAGCUUUUCAGCCCUAAUUUCCAGCUGCACUGGGUCAAACAGACAGGGCCUUAUGAGAUAACUACGAGGUGGACUAUGGUGAUGAAGUUUGUUCUCUUACCUUGGAAGCCUGAGUUAGUUUUCACAGGUACUUCUGUUAUGGGCAUUAACCCUCAAAACAUGAAGUUCUGCAGUCAUGUGGACUAUUGGGAUUCCAUCAAGAACAAUGACUAUUUCUCUAUAGAAGGUUUAGUGGAUGUGGCAAAGCAGCUUUGGAUUUACAAGACUCCGGACCUGGAAACACCAAGAUAUCAGAUACUGAAAAGAACAGCGAAUUAUGAGGUGAGAAAGUAUGAUCCGUUUAUAGUUGUUGAAACAAGUGGUGACAAGUUGUCAGGUUCAACUGGCUUUAAUUCUGUGGCUGGGUAUAUAUUUGGGAAGAAUUCUACAGCAGAGAAGAUACCGAUGACAACACCUGUAUUUACUCAAGCACUCAACCCGGAAAUCUCCAAAGUAUCCAUUCAAAUAGUUCUUCCUUCGCAGAAGGAUAUGAACAGUUUGCCAGCUCCAAAUGAAGCAGAAAUCAAUUUGAGGAAGGUGGAAGAAGGUGUAGCUGCAGUGUCGAAAUUCAGUGGAAAGCCAGAUGAGGAUAUUGUUCGAGCCAAGGAAAAGGCCCUGAGACAAAAUCUUGUGAGCGACGGUCUUAGAGCUAAAGAGGGCUGUUUGUUAGCGCGUUACAACGAUCCAGGGAGGACAUGGAGCUUUACAAUGAGGAAUGAAGUGCUUAUAUGGCUUGAAGAGUUUAUGCUGGACUGAAGCAGAGGAUCUUGAUUCUGCAUUGCUCGUGAGUUGUGACAUACUAUAUUUUUCAUCUGAGUUUCUAUUGAUUUGUGCUAAAGAUGUAAUGUUACAUUGAAAUAAAUGUAAAGUUUUUGGUAGUGUAUGGAAAGUAGUAGUCAUUUUCA